GACACUCGUUUAAACUAACAAAGGAACUGCAGAUCAGCUGUUGACCGACAGUUUGCCUGUGUAUCUUACAUCCUAUUUCAUCAGUAGGGCUCACUGUAGUCCACCAUAGAUUAAAGUUAUGCUGGAGCAAAAUGGUGAUAUUCUAUAUGGCCAGUUCAAUGGCGUUGCCGCAAUUAAAAACGACCUCAUUAUUACCAGAUCAAGGAGUCUUUCAGUUCGUGAUGAGGAAAUGCUACGCCUUAUAGGCCAGUAUCUCUGUGACAAGGGAUUUAAUGGCACAUAUACUCAGCUUUCCAGAGAGUCUGGGAUCACCUUGGAACACAACGAUGCAACAGAGUUGCGUCAUGCUAUUUUGGAAGGUAGAUGGCUUGAUGCUGAAGCCGCAAUAGACAAGUUAGCACCCAUGAUAGGGGAUCUAAAUAGUGUUGAAGAAGUCCGAUUUUUAAUAUUAGAACAACAGUUUCUGGAAAAUUUGGAAGCCAAUGAAGUAAUGCCUGCCGUUACUCUUCUACGUAAUCGUAUCACACCUAUGCAACGUAAUACAGAGCGAGUACAUACUUUGGCCAGUUGUUUGAUGUGUAGAACUGCUGUUGAACUCCAAGCACAAGCAGGUGGUUGGGCUGGAGUAGAUGCUGGCAGUCGUUUACAACUGAUCAAUCGAAUACAAGCCUUUAUACCAGCACAGACAAUGUUACCACCUGGGAGACUAGAAGAGUUGAUCAAUGAAUCUGUUCGUGCACAGUUGGCUUCAUGCAUAUUUCAUAAUCCUCCGAUGGGUGUCCAAACUGAUAUACAUAAUAUAUCAUUACUACAGCGCCAUUCGUGUGGCAUGCAAGAUUUCCCAGCAUUUUGUAUCCAAACUUUGGACCAUCAAAGAGAUUCUGAUCUGUGGUUUUGUCAGUUUUCUCCAGACGGUAGCUAUUUAGCAACUGGUGGUAAAGAGGCAAAUGUUGACGUUUGGCGUGUAGACUCUGUACGACAUGCUGUCUCAUUUUUCCGAGUGUUAACUACACCUGCAUAUAUCGGCUGUCUGUGUUGGUCACCUGAUUCUAAAAAAUUGGCAGCCUGUUGUGGAGAAGAACAAAGUUCCGUCCUAGUAUUCGAUGUAUUCAGUGGUCAACAAUUAUGCAGCCAGAAGGUAAACGAUGAAGAUGUCUAUUCAACUGCCUCAUUUUUCUCUGAUAGUCGUAAACUAGCUUUUGGUGGUUUGAAAGGGAGCUUCUAUGUAAUGGAUACGGAAGAUCAGGGUCGUGUACUCGCCGUGGUUGAAGGUUAUCGUGUACAAAGUAUGGCGGCUAUAUUCCCACCGAUACCAAGUAUGCUUUUGCCUAAUGGCACAGAAUCUGUCCAAGUCAACCCCCCACCAGAUAGAUCUACUCCAGGUGCACCAGAUUCGCCAGCAAAUGGAUUACUUCAAAAUGGUUCCACAAACGAUGCAGUGAAUAAUCGUUCAGAAAAUCAAAUCGACCAAUUGUUAGUUGCAGACAGCCUACAUAGAAUUCGAUUAUUUAGAUUUGGUUUAGUUUGUUCAAAUACGUCGUCUAAUAAUACAAACACUACAGCGGAUACUGCUGACAUACCACUAAGUACAGUCACCACACCACAUGAAACUAGUACCACAUCUAUAUCGACUGUAACCAUUUCCACUCUGUCUGCUUCAUCUUAUGCUCAUACACCUGGUGAAGAGAUCACAACCAGUACAACUAUCGCAACAACAUCAACUACUACUAGCAGUAGUACUAUCAGUACUACUACUGCAUCAGCAUUGGCUGCCUAUUUAUGUUCAAGUGGGAGUGCACCAGGUGCUCCAACUUCAGUUAAUAUUUCUACAUCAGCUAGCACUGGUACAACUAAUCCGGGUAAUGUUAGAAGUAGUGAUAGUAGUGAUAAUAACAAUAAUAGUGUAGUUGCCACAAGUACUACAGGAGAAAAUCCUGGUGUAGCGACAGCAUUAGCUGUUGCACGAUUAGCACAACAACAACAACAACGUUUAUUACAAUCGUCAAAUCCUAUGACAACAACAAAUCCAGCAUCAACAUUAACUGGUAAUUUAUCUUCAUGGUAUCAACAAUCUGGUGCAUAUCAAGGAUCAACAAGUCUAGCGUAUACAUCAAGCUCUUCUACAUUACCACCGGGUAUUUUAUUAGAUAUGCCUAUAUUACCUGUCAGUUUAACUCGUCUUGGACCACCCACAACUCAGGGUUUGCAAGCUCAAUUAGGUAUUCAGCCUAUAUUGCAUCCAACGGGUUCGUUGCAUGGUUCAUCUGGUGCAAAUAAUCUAGGCACUACUGGUAGUAGUUUAACUAUUUUAUUCGGUGCUCCUUUGGAUAGAACUUCAGCUUCUUAUGCAACUACUCCAGUUGGUACUUCUGGUUCAGUAACGACCACUCCGACAGGUGUACGAGCUUUAGCUGCUGCAGCUGCCGCGUUAGCCAGUGUAAACAGUCGUCAAGUUCAUUCUGUCUCUAGUGGUACAACAAUGCUAACAGUGUCUGCAUCACCUGAUAAUAGUGGAGUAGCUACAGGUCGUUCAUCUGUUUCCGUAACAAAUAUUGGCUCCACCGUGAGUACAUCUACUUCUACUAUUGGUACUACUACUGGCUCUCCAUCUAAUCCGACUACAGUUUCAGCAUCUCUACCAGCGACUGGAUUUUCUACAUCAACAACCAGUACAACUACAAAUGCUCAUGCUAGUAGUGUGUCUACAAAUGGCAGUAAUUAUGGCUUAAUAGAUCAUAGAACUCUUUUUAAAGAAACGCAUCCUGUUCAAUCAAUUAUGAUUUCACGCUCAGGAACUAUGGCACUUCUUACUAUACAUAAGAUGGGAUUACAUUUAUGGGAUUUAGAAGCUUGUGCUAUUCUACAACGAUUUGUUGGGCAUAAACAAGAUACUUUUCGAUUGUAUUCUACAUUCGGUGGAGCUAAUGAAGAUUUCGUAGCUACAGGAAGUGAAAAUGGUCGAAUACACAUUUGGCAUGUCGGUAGUGGUAGUCAUCCUAUACAUUCAUCGCCUGGUACGGGAAACAGAGAUCCAAUUACGUGUGUUCAUUGGAAUCCAGUAUUGCCUACAAUGAUCGCUUCAGUGAAUGAUGCUGGUGAACUAUGCAUUUGGGGACCACAACGUAAGUGAUCCGUUUUUCAUUUUGCCUUUUGCCAUCUAUAUGGUAAUAAUUCAGAAUUACGGCAGAAGUAUAUUGCACGGUCAAACCAAUCAAAUUCAUGAUGACUGCUAUCAGAUUCCAAUGCUAAAUUCGACAUCCAGCGAUGAACAACUUGUAAAUUAUUUAGGACUAUGUAAAAGCUCAGCAAAAUUUACCGAUAUUUCUUUACUGAAAAGACUAAUCAUCAUCACAAAACUGGUAACUAAUAACAAAUCUUAUAGUGUCAAUGAGAAAUUUAUUUUUCCACGAAAACCGUAGAAAACAAAUAGACCUAAAAUGCACAACACAUUGAUGGCAGGAUUUUUGAAUUUUUCGAAACAGACCGGAAGGUUCUUGAAGUUGUGCUAUACUUUUUAUGGGCGAACCAAUCAGAUUUAGGGUAGUACCUCGUGGAUAUGGGCGCGAAACUCAUUUAUUCGGCUGCGAACGAUUCUUGCAUUAUAGUUGAUGUCACUGUGAUGAGAACCCUAACUUCGGCAGCUGUUAUAAGUUAACUAGAACCAACUUCUUUCAUGUAUUGCUUAUUAUUUUCUACGGGCUUAGACAUCAGGGUCACUUAUUUCUCAGCUGCUUAAUAAUUACGAUACGUUUUCCUGGUUUAGGUUUGUUUUAACCCACUAAUUAAUGUUAAACAUUUGUAUCUAGUCAGUUUUAUUUUCUAUAAUUUAGUACAUUAUUCUCAUAUGUUGUUUGCGAAAGUAUAAAGCGAUCAAAUUGGAGCUUAUUUGUUGUAUGGUCUGCGGUGAAAAUAAAUUUCACAGAAGUAAAACAAAUUGUAAACCUUAGCACAUGGAAAUGUAUGACUGUUAAGCAGCCUUGAUGUGUAUAUGUAUAUAUUCCGAUUAAUCAUUUACUUCUUUUCUUCGUGAAUUUACUCACGACAAGUUUUAUGUUUUUUGUACAUUUUUUGCAGGUUAUGCAUUAGGUAACGGUCAACCGAUGGAUUCGUCAACUUAAGUCUUCCACAUUUACAUACCUAUCAAACACAAAUCCAUACUUGAUUUUUUGGUCUUAUAACAUUCGCUCUUCCUCUUUUUCAGUUAAUUUUUACUGUCCACGACUGUUUUGUUAUUGGAAAACAAGCUCCUCUGGAAUCAAGCGUCACUCAAUUACUAUUCCUCUACAUAAGUAAACAGCUCCCAUAAUCUAUUGUUUUACAUAUAUUACUACUAUUAUUGGCUGUAUCACUAAUAAUAAUAGUGUGUACAUUGCCUAUUUUGAUCUGUUUGUGAACUUUACGGACGUGUGUAUUGUAAUAAUCAAACGUCAAUAUUCUACGUGAACUUGAAAACUGGAUGGUAUUCUGAAACGACCAAUUUUUCCUACUAUAAUAUCUCAAACUUUGUGUCCGUGUUUAUCUGAUUGAAUUCCACUCUACAAGUGUGCUCAAACCCAGUUUUUUAGACGUAGUAAUUUCGGCUGUUUUAUUUCUUUUGUUGUUGUUGUUAUCGGUUAUCACUAAUUUAUACUUUUUUGAGUUAAACCACUAAUUUGUUUCCUUUAGAGACACUUUCGCACUAUUCAGCCUCUUCCCAAUAUAUGUACCUAUAUUUUUCUUGUUCUACUUCUUAAUAAGCAAAGUUUUGUUUAGAAAGAGAAAAGUUAAAAUCGCACCGGAUUUCUCUAAAACUUUUGUGCACACGAUGUUAUCCUGUUUGCAUGGAUCAGAAAGAUGUGUUUCCAUUAGUUCUAGUUUCAUUAUUUUCCCUUGUAAUAGUACUUGUUCAAUACUUAAGCCAAUCCUUUCUUUGAAUUAGACUAUUGUAAUGAUGACACAUAUAUUUUUUAAUAGGCAAGUAAUCUUUCUUUUAGGUUUGUUCUCAAUAUGUAAUUACAGCCUUGGUGUCUAGGUUUGCAGGUGUAGUGAAACACUUGGAUUCUUUGCUAGUCCUAUAAUGAAUUCAACAAUUCCUUUUCUGUUAGUAUAUAUGUUGUUUAUUUUAGUUCAAUCCCUUAACAGACAUUAUUUCCUUUCUUUAAGCUAAAAUUACAACAUUUUUUAAAAAAAAAAUCAGAAGUUAUUAGAACUAGGCUAAAAGUCAUGCUUCAGUAAACUUUGUUAACUGGUAGGACUUAUAUUUCAAAAGAGGAAAAGUUGUUUACCAUUCGAAUAUAUGAUUGUGUUGGAUAAGAAUAUAACCUUUUUGUAAUCUUUAUUUCUAAGGAAAUAUUUGGUGUGAUUAUUUUGCCACAUAAUAUAUUCUAUAGUGAAUCAAUAUUUAUUAGUAUCGCUAAAACUACUAUUAUCAUUCUAACUUUUAUUUAUAUUACACUAGUUUAUAUAAGUGCAUACUUUUUUCGUCUUGUGUUUUGAAAUAUAUUUAUUUAUUUAAUUAUCAGUUUCAUUUGUUUGUUUAUUUUUCGUGGUUCUAAAUACUUUGUUUUGAGUAUUCUUUUAUUCAAAAUAACUUGGAUUAUACUAUAAUCACUACCGUUUUUUUUAAAUAUUAUAUAUAUAUAUAUAUAUA